GGGGUGCUAGCAGUUCUGCAGAGAGGCCGUCCGAAUGCAGCCAAGCCAGCCAACCAACAACCACCCAACCACACCAACCACCCGCCCUCGUUAUCCCCACACACCGCGCAAGGCAGCGCAGCGCAGCGCAGCACAGCACAGCACAGGACAGCGGACACGGCACCCAGCCAGUCAGUCGACCCGACCCACACACAAGCCACACAACAGCCACACAUCCAUAGGUGUCAGUCACCAGCUGGGCAGGCAGGCCGGCCGGUCCAGAGUGGACACAGACGCACAUUCGACCGCUUGACGAAUUGCAGGCCGGCGGUGCGGCAGCAUACCUGCCUCCCGCCCUCCCUCCCUCCCUGUCCCUCUCUCUGGUCACCUACCUCACGCCCACCCACUACGGCAAGAGAGACCACCCUCCCUCGGCCUCAUAAAACGGCCCAGAGGUGUGGUGCCCUCAACAAACAGACAGACACUGCCCCUCCCCGCCACUUCCUCUCACCAAAGGCCCUUUAAGCGUUCACAAAAUGGAUGGAUGGAUGGAUGGCACUCGCUCACAGAUAGACAGAAAUAGAUAGGCAGGCAGGCAGGCAGGCAGACAGAGAGAGGAAGGAACGAUCGAGCGCAUUGCCCAACAUACAUACAUCAGACAUGUGACUGACAAGAGAGACUCGAUGAGACAACAAAAGGGAGAAUAGAGAGAGGCUGGGUGGCAUCAGCUGACGCAUGAGGACGGGCUGAUGCUGUGCUUCAUUCAGUCAUUCAGUCAUUCAUGAAAACACAACACAACACAACACAACACGGCCCGGCCCACAACACACGGAGACAACGACAACAACCAGAGAGGGCCAGCGCUCCCCAGCCAGCCGUCUGGCUAUGGUACGUAGGAUGUCUGUCUACGGCCGGCCGGCCGGCCGGCCGGCCGGCUGUCUGGCGCCAUAACUUACAGGCGACAACCAACAAGUGGCUAAAUGACUGCAGUAAGUAAGUACCUGCAUCGCCACACCCCCGCACGCUCUCUCACACACACACACACACACACACAUUCGUUCACAGACACGACGGAUGGAGACAACGGGGUAGAGAGGUAGAGAGCUGGAUUAAACACAGAGAGCUAUGUAUGGGUAUGCAGGCAGACAGACACCACGGACGGGACGCCGCCCACACCGCUACUCCUCAUGAUGAGCACACACAGGUAUGGUAUACAGAUUUCGAGUACGCCUUCAAAUCAGGUAGGGUAGCACUCACACCACCCCACACACGACCCACACAUAGCCAGACAGACAGACUGACAGACAGACAGAGUUGAGCAGAGACGAACGAGCCACGCAGCCCACCCACACAGCGGAGAGUUCGCUCUUCCUUGAGUGGCUUUGGGUGGAGAGACGGAUAAUAAUGAGAUGAGUGGAUAGCAUACACACACACAUACGCACACAGAUAUAGAGACAGGCAGACAGAUGCACCAGCAUCGUUCAACACACAACAGACACACAGACAGACAGACAGCCCACCGACCCAAUACCAUACACCAAGUGUCAAGAGAGCACCUUCUUGCUGUCUCAUCGCCAAUAAAACCCUUCGUACGAUACGAUCAUCCAUCCACACGCCGGCGGCCAGGUUUUGAAGGCAAAAAUGCUGGGCCCCCAGCACCACGACCACCACACCACACCGCACAGUCCGGACCAACAAGCAUCCGCCCACACGCGACCACAGGGAGGGGCUGCCGUCGGUGUUGGAUUGAAACCACGCACACGCAGUGAGGGAGGGAGGGAGGGAGGCGACAGACAGACAGCAAGGAGCGGUAGGUGGACAGGGAGGUAGCAAUAGGUGCGUGUGUGUCCUGUAGGUACGCAACCUUCACCAUCCAGCUGGCAACAUAAAUAAAUCGGCCGGCCUCGCCAUCCUGUCCUGCCUCUCUCUGUGUGUGUGAGUGUGUGUGCAUGGUACGAAUCAACCCGGGUGGGGUGGCACCCUCCCCCUCCCCCUUAGCCUACAGCACGACAUGACCGUGUGUGUCAUAAAAUUGGAAAGAAAGGAACAAGGACAAACACCUAAGCAGCCACAGCACCGACGUACCCCAGCCACCCACCUUACCACACCCACACACCCACACAAGCCACAAACGCAUAAACUUUAUCUCUCUCCCUCCCUCCGACCCAGCCCCCCGUUGACUUGACAGAUCAGUGAGUGGUGCCUUGCAUUCAGUCACAUGACUCCAUGCAUGCAUGUGACGCCGGUCAGGUCAACCAUCCGGUCGGUCAGCUCAGCCGGUGAACCAUCUGACGAUGCCCGUGACGUAGGAGGCGAUGCCGGUGGAGUUGGGCGUCUGGUUGCGGACGGCACGCGGCCGCGACUGCUGCUGCCGGGGGGCGCGUAUGAGGCCCACCUGCUUGAGCGGCAGGUAGGGGGGCGUGUUGGAGAUCAACGCCUUGAAGGCGAUGAAGAUGCGCGCAGGGUCGUCCGAGUCCACAAACACACACAUCUCACCCUGUUUGUUUAGACGGACACAGACAGACAUCUCAUCGUGUACCCACGUGUUGGUCUAUGUGAUGUGUGCACUGCCUGCAGGUCAGGUAUGGGCAGGCACCUUGGCUUGUUCCUGUGGGGCGCUGGGGUUGGUGAGUAUGGCUGUGAUGACGGUCUCGCCCCCGGUGGCCUGGAGGGCGGCGUCGCUCUUGAGCCACGACAGCAUCCAGCUGUUGAACAAUGGCGUUAUCGGGUGACCUAGGCGGAGACAGACAUCAGAAAACACCACGGCACAGCACAGCACAUAAAGUUUUUGGUGUGGGGCUGUUAACAGCGUCCCAGCCGUGUAGUUUGUUACCGACGAGUGAGCGCCCCGCCCACAGGUUGAGCAGCGGCGAGCUCUCCAGGAUCAAAUUGUCCUGAUGGAUGGAUGCCAUCCAUGCAUACCAAACAAAACACGUUUGACACACUUUUAUUGCAGUAUGUGAUCGGGAUGGGAUGAGGCGGGCACGUGACAGCGACAGCUGCACUGCACUGCAGUGCACCAGGUCAGGUAGGUACCUGUGCGUCGAUGAGCAUGGUGGCGUCGAGUGUGCCCUCGACGACCCUCUCGCACAGGUUGACCCGCUGCUCAAGCAUACACUGACUGCGCUUGCGGUCCGUCACGUCCUGGAUGUACCCGUAUAUCACACUGGACAAUGGGAUGGGAUGGGAUGGGAUGGACACAGAGAGAGACACAGGAAUGGACGCCCCGCGACCUACCCUACCCACACACACACCGACCCACCGACCGACUUACCUGCUGUUCUUGGAGGCCUUUCUGCCGCCGCACUUGAACCAUCUCACCUCACCAUCUGCACGCUCAUACUUGACCUGACACAACACAACACAACACAACCCAUAGGCUCACACAAGUGUACAUGCUUCUCUGCCUAGCUCCACAUCACUCACUGACUGAGUGACUCACUUCCAUGUCGUAUGGCUCUCCCUCAUCGGCGCAUCUGAUGAUAGCCUGCUCGAUCUUGUUUCUGUCGGCCAUGACGACGUGUUUGGUCCAGAAGCCGUCUAGGCGGUGCUCCGCCUUGUAGGCCGUCACACCCACCGGCAGCGGCUCGUCAGUGAUGGACGGCUCCUCAGGAAUGAUCGGAGGCACCAUCUCGCGCAUGUCAGGCUUCACGGGCACCUGUGUACACGGUGGCAACCCAUUCACAUUCACCCACACGCAUUCAUCCAUCCAUCCAUCGCUCGUGUGUUGCAUUGCGCCCCGCCCUCUAUGUAUGUUAUGUGCUAACUGACUGCCAGCAGCCCCGAGAUGGACCCGUCUGAUUUUUUGUGUUCCUCGGCGACCGCCCCGCCGCUGGACUUGGACUUGACGCCGCUGGAGUUGAUGCUGAGGGUGGCGGGCGGUGUGCGCUCCCCGUCACUGGGUGUGGUCUUGUUGGUGCCCUGGCUGCCGCUGCCGGUGCCAGUGCCAUGGCCGCCCGUGUUGGUGGGGGUGGUCAGGUCGUUCCUGCUGCUUCUGCUGUUGACGUUGAUGUGGAUGUGGUGGUCGCACUCGUGCUCGGAUGGCACCAGGGGGGGCGUGGGGAAGUUGGACAGGGGAGAGGGGGUAAGCUGGACCGACCCCGACGACAGGUGAACGUUCAGGUGCUCGUGGCUGGAACCUAGCGCGUACGUCGACCCGGACGAACGGACCUCAUUCGAGCCGGGCGGAGUAGCUGACACACACACACAGACCCACAUCCACAGAAUACACACAUGAAGGACGGUCUCUCUCUCUAUAUAUAUCUUUCUCUGUCUCUCCCUCUAUCUCUCGUUGCUCACGGUGUGCGUGUCCAUUAGUGGUGAGUUCAUGUGGCGAUGAGAAGCUCUUGAUGGGCAGCUUGACGGAAGCCUUGAUGGGGUGCAGGUGCGACUUGAUGGGCCGUAUGAGGUGGGAGGUGCGCUCCUGGCUCUUGGGCUUGGUCACCACCACGUUACUGAACGGCUUGAGCGCACAGCCCGCCGUGCUCACUGACUUCUCUGAGGGCGCCAGGGUCGGAUAGGUCGUCAGGUCGAACGCCUUCUUGGGGUACAUGUACUGAAUGAAGCCAAUGACACACACGGAGAGCGAGGGGGUAUGUAUGUUAUGUGUGGUGUGUGUGUCCUGUCCUGCCCUGCCUGUGGGCUGUCGUCUCUGGCGCGCAUGGUGAGGGCUUCGAUGACUCGAGUGGUGUAGAAGUCUUGCUGAAUCGACCCCGCCGUGUCCCACUCCCUGCGUCGCGUCGCACCAACCAGCCCGCCAGCCAACCACAACAACAAAGCUUGUGGUGAUUGCAUGUCCGCCAUGUCGCGUCGUGUCGUGUGUAUGUGUGGCGGGUCGGGUGGGCACUGUUGUGUGUGUAUGGUAGUGACUGGCUGACUGACUGACCAUGCGGCGAUGUCGACCAUGAAUGCGAAGCUCUCGAGCAGCCGUCUCCGCUGACCCUUCUCGCGGCUCACCUUGUCAGUCUGAUUCAUGGAUGGAUGGAUGGAUGGCAACAGACACAGACAGACAGACAAUGGAUGGAUGGACGGGAAGAAGGGGUGUGUGUGUGUGUUGCCGCGCCGCGCCCAGCGAGCGACCCACAGACCUGGUAGAAUGCGGUUCUGUAGAAGAACUCCACCUGUCUCGCAGCCGCUAUCAGCAAAAUGCCCACCACUGCACCGCACCCACACACAGGCAAGCCAAGGAAGACACGACGCACCGCACCCAGCAAUCAACUCGGUCGCUGUGUGUGUUGCCUCCCUCUGAGUUGUUGCGCAACUGGGUACACUACCGACCUGGGUAGAAGCAGCUGAAGUACUUGUCCGUCCACAUCCCAUCAACUGUUGGAUGGGAUGCACACACACAUGGAAGGGAGGGGAGGGUAGGGGAGGCAGACGUCGAGAUCGGUCAUGUGUGGAGUGGAGCAAUGGCUGGCCUUGUCAUGUUUAUGUAUGUGUGUGGUUGGGCCGACGGGGGUGUGGUGUGGUGUCUUACGUAGGUAGUGAAUGAUUUGGUGCACGAGGAUGAGCAGUGAGGCGGCGAAGGCGUCGCACUUGAACACCAGGAAACACAAACACAUCAUCGCACAAUUCUCCAACUCGGACCUGCAGCAUAACACCGGUGACACACAUCACAUGCAGUGCACCCAACCAUCCCACACACAGAUCCAUCCAUCCAUCCAUCCAGCCAUCCAUCCAUCGCUGCAUCACUCUGCCUGUGUGUGUCAUUUCCUGCGUGUUGUGUUGCUGACCCAACAGCAUGUUCGACACUGUCGAUGCACGAGACGCCUUGCCUCCCCAGCAUAGGGGCCAGGUGCCCGUGCAGCGUCACCGUGGUCGUCACCACCAUGAAGAGCGCAAAAGUGCAGAGGUACUCCAUCUUGUAGUACGGCUGCAGCGCCCCCUCCAUGGCCCCCACCAGCCUGCUCGAACUCCCGCCCAUCUUGGCCAGCAACUCGCCCCUGUCUCCCUGGGUCAUGGCCAAACACAGGUACAGCUUGACCAGCUGCCGAUGGAAGCAGGCGUAGAGCAGGAUGACGAUCGACGUCAGCAGGGGGACGGCCAUGCGCAGCCAGAAGAUGUAGAUGGUUUCCCGCUUGGACAGCUGGUAGAUCAGGAUGAGCGAGAAGAUGACAAUCGACAGGGCCAGGAGGGCCCCCAGCGACUUGAGCGACUCACGGGUGUCCUCCCUCUUCAGCACUCGGUACUGACGCUCCAGAUCCGCAUCUCGGAACCGCACUGCGGUCACACACACAGACAGAGAGCACCCUUAUUGUGUGUGAGGGUGAGAGAACGAGAUGCUCACUGACUUCUGACGUAGGGCAGCCAUCUCCACAAGGACUCGCACCCGAUGCGGCUCCAGCUUUGGUUCAUGCCUCUGCCGAAUGCGAGUGUGUACUGCCACACACUCGGCGGCAGCACCAUGUCCAUCGCCGAGGAGGCGCUGUCGGUGUGGGUCGUUGAUGCCGACCGCGGGCUCGGUGCCGCCUUGGCUGACUUGCUGCCCUGCACGCCCAUCUUUUGCUGGCUGGUGUCGAGGCGGCAGGCACGCCUCACAGAUAGAUGGGAUCACCUCACCACCUCACUGCACACACAUAGCAUCCAGAGUGCUGAAGACAUGGGAUCCGCACCGUUCUUCCGAGAUCUUUCACUCACCUUCCUGCUGACGUAUAGAUCUGGCAACACGGCACUCCAGCGCACAAAGGAAAGGGAGAAAG